AUGGCAAGUCAUUCCUUAGCUCCUAUAAAACCGUUAAUAUUGACUCGAACCGUAGAAGCGUGGUCAGAUCGACCUUACAUAUCAGAGGCCGUUCCCAUCCCCGCUACAGUUGUACAUCAGCCAGCUAUGGCAGCACCUUAUACGCCCAAGAAAGACGGUCCCGAAGUCACCCAAAAGAAGAUAGACCAUGUUUUUGUGGACUACGAACCCUUCUUCCAUAGGCUCAUGUACCAUCGACUAUCUGAUGACUACAGUGGCGGCGAAGCAUCACUCUUCAUGCAGGAUGCGUUAGAGUUGGAUUCUGAAGCCCUUAAUCAUCGGGUCGCUGGUACCUUCGUCCAGGGUCAGAUCACGGUAAUCAACGGUAGUUCGGGAAGCGGAAAGAGUCUUACGUGUGCAAAAGGCCUUUUGAAAUUUGGCGGCAUCCCUUUAACCUGUCCGAUUGGAGCAUACGGUGCGUUGUCCGACGAAGCCAACGCGGGCCGUGGCUCUCAUGACAUGCGGGCCGCGGUAGAGCACCUGGAACAGCGGAGCCAAUUCAAGCAGAUCACCGCCGAUCCUGAGCAGGAAGCUACUAACCGUCGUCUUGUCAAGGAAUCCUGCAUGUGCCUGCUUGCUAGUCACCUCUUGGUCAUACGCAAAAUUCUUUGCAGCCAACCGCACGACCUGUCUUGCGAGAAGCGGAAGGAGGAAUGUGGUAUUUUUCAGCUGGAUGCGAUGUUCUUUCGCCCGACUCCGGGGGGCCAGGACAUUUUUCAGCGUCUAUUCAAAGUGCUCCAACGUGCCCCACACGACGUCGUCGAGGACUUCGUGGAGAAUGACUGGGAGUAUGUCGAUUGUCACUACCCGGAUGUCGUCAAGGACUUUUCGCUGUGGGUUGACGAGGCACAGGCCUUGGCAUCUAAGUUCGACUCUGGCGCGCACUUUCUCUCCACCACCAAGCCCAAAAAGCCUCGACCGCUUCUGACCCCGGUGGUAGAAAUCUUCAUGGAGCGCAAAAUAUUCAAAAGAUGUGUGAUCUCUGGGAUCAGCGUGUCGCCGCAAAUCUUCAAUGUCGCCCUUCAGUCUUCGACGGCUCGUUUGAACUCGCGUAUCGUGGAACUCACUAUAGCAGACGGAUUUUUGGACAAGGAGGAGCAACGGCGCUAUAUAGUACACAAGCUCCGGCCCUGGGCUGACGAGAUUGGUAUUUCCGAGGAAUCCUUCGACUACCUCGUCCUUCGCAUGACCAUCAUACUUCGUGGUCGAUAUCGGCUCACGGCGUUUUGUUCCGAACAGAUUUUGCGCACAGGAACAAAAUCUCCUCACCGAUUCGUCACCGCAGUCGUUCUGGCACUGGGAAACUUUGUUCUUACGGAUGGUGGAAAGUUUGAGUCUGCUGAGUCUGCCCUAUCAAAGAGAGAGGAAGACGCGAUAAAAGCUGCCGGCCAAAUGAUCGACUGGGACAUGUUCGAGGAGUUCGAUCAGGACACCAAACGUAGUGUUUUCGAGAUGGUGACGCGCUUUCUUAUGCAAGGUCUGUAUACUGCACUGGACGGCAAUCAGAGGAAGUUAAUCGAGGUCGGCAUUGGCCACCUCACCGUCGCCGAGAGCAUCUCCCCCCGCGUUGUCCCCGAAGGGCCAGUGAUCUCCACCAACAAUGCUGCCCCCGACGACGGUGCCGACGAAGACAACGACAGCGACAACGACAGCGACGACAUUGACGAUAACGACGACAGUGACGACGACGACGACGACAACGGCGAUACCACCAGUGAACCCCCCCUGAUCGUCAACGCCACCACCGACGCCAAAGAUCCCUCUGGGGCAGGCGCUGCGUAUCUGACCGAGCUCUUGACCGUUAGCGCGGUAAUGGCCAAGUACCCCGAGAGGGUGGCUGACACCCUGUUGCAAGGCAUGCGUCUUGGACUCAACAACAGCAUGAACGGCUUCGCCUACGAACCCCAGAUCUCAUACGUGGCAGCUAAAGUUCACGGCCACCGGGAUAAGUUCACGAGCUUGGGAAACCUCUAUCAAUUUCACGCGGAAGUUGCGUUUAUGGCGGAUCUUCAAGUCCAGCUCGUUGCCAUGUUCAAAGGGCCAGAUGGUAAGUGGCGCGCCACCCAAGCUGGUCCCGGUUUCGGACCUUCCCCCCAGAUGGGCUAUAAGGUCAACUCCCCCAAGGAAUUCCUAGAGCAUUUGGAUGAUGGUGGGGCAACAUGCAUCGUCAAUCCCGAUGUUUAUCAUGGCGGAGAUCACAUCAGGUGGUACAAGGUCUUAGGGAGCAAGCACUAUAUUAUGGUCGUGGACCAAGCCAAGCUCUCCGCCGGGAAGGAUGGCGAAUUUCGGCCGGAAAUGCUGAAGAAGGCUCUGCGAGCUAACGACCCCAGAAGAUACUACAAAACCAAGGGUCCAUCAAAGAAGAGGAAGUGGCUCGUCAAGGAGGGCAAGAAGAUCCUCAAAUGUUUUGAGGAGAUGCGGAAGGCAGAAGACAUCGAUUCAAACAACAAGUAUGACCCGGCCCUUCUGCCACCAGGGCUCACAGAGGAGAAUUUUCCCCACACCAUCUGUGGUUUUGCGCUCACAGGAACGGACCAGCCUCCCGCAGGGUUCGUAUCUGAGAUGCACAGAGUCUUGAACCGUCCCGGCCAGGUUCCAGCUUUGAUGUUGGAAGAGCCUUUCGAAGAGCUCUUUGGCACGUCUUGGCGGUUUGCGACCACCGCCCAAAACAGGGCCACUCGUCCGGUGGGGAGAAUGUAG